UCUCGAUGGCUUAAAAGCAAGUUACAAAAUUCAUUGAUCAUCACUUUCAGACUCGACUCUAGUUGAAUUGUUAAUAAUGUUUACCAUAAGUCAAUCAGUUUUUCUCGUUCUCUCUGCUUACUUUACAUUGUCAGCUGGACAUGGACACAAUUUGAAUGGUGACUUUAAACAAAUUGGACCCAAUGAAUUGACUGAUUUCCUUAUUGAUAGGCUCGCAGGUUUUGAAGGUUGGGAUUUCAAAAAUUGGGAUAAAAGGUCUGAUGAUGAGGUUAAAGAUGUUUUCGCCAAGCACAGUCUGAAGUAUUUCAAUCCGGUUCCAUGUCAAGGAGGCUUGAAUUGUAUUAAAAAUUACACAGACGAUGCCACAGGUUCAGCUAAGAUUGAUUCCCGAUUGACUGAUGGGAAUCGCACAGUUGAUGCAACAAGUGAGAUUGAUGCUGCUUCAUCGAUGCAAUUUUUCAUGUCGCGAGAUGCUAAAGAAGAAGCUCAUUGUUUCAUUGCUUCGGUCAACAGCACUUUUGAAAAUCAAGGAGAUGGAUUUGAUUAUACAGUAUCUAAAAAUGUUACUUAUGGUGGAGGAGUUAGAAUACAUUUGCUCAUGGAUUCUGAGCCAGAGUUUAAGGAAAAUCCGGUAAAGCUUCACAUACUCAAAGCUACUAGUAAAUCCGAGUUGGAGGAAAUCACAGCCAGUGCUAACUAUUUUGAUAAGAUUAACAAAGUAACUCAAGUAUCUGCUACGGUUGUCACUUUUGACACUGAAAACUGUGACAAUGCAGUUGAAAAUUUCGAGUGCGAUACACUGGCCAGAAUUUAUCACCACAUUAAGUCCUUUGAUGAAAGAACGGUAACUUACAAGGGAAAGACUAGAAGUUACAAGGCUGAUAGCUCUGGUACCAUAAUAACGGUGGUCAAGAAGGCUUAAUUUGCUUCUCAUUUUAACAAUAUCUCAGUUGAAAUUCAGAUUCAUUAAGUGUCAUUAAGAAACUAUAUCAUUCAACCUUUUUUUCUGUCUAUUAACUCAAAUAUAAUAUGAAUUGGAUAAGAAAUAGAUAAUUUUAUAUGCUUUUAUCGCUUUAUACAGAUUAACUCUUGUCCAAGAUGAUUUUCAGGCUGGAAUAGUGCAAUAACUCUUAAUAUAUCCAGUUAUAAUCCAAAUUGUAACAAAUAUUCACCAAUACAAUUAAAUUGCAAUAAAUUUGUACUACACUAUUAUAGCAAAACACUAAUAUUCCCAUAAACUACAAAAAUAAAAUGAUUACUGAAAAACCUUUCAUUAAA